AUGGUUGACACUUCUUUUGUCACAAGAGUUUGAUCUCCCUGAUGUCAUCCGUGUAUGGGAUUCCUUGUUUGCAGACUCCAAUCGUUUUAGCUAUCUCAUCCAAGUGUGCACAGCAAUGCUAGUGUUGCAGAGAGAUGUAAUGCUAGAGAAUGACUUUGCUUCUAACAUGAAGCUGCUUCAGCGUUAUCCUCCAGUGGAUGUCCAAGUACUUCUCAGUAAAGCCACAGAACUUGUAGAAGUAACUGGCACAGAAUCAUCUAGCUGACCCAAGGAUUAUGAAGAAGAGAGUGAUGCUGUUGUUGAUUAGUUCAUAAGGGUCAGUUUCUUGUUUCAAUAGAAAUUUAUACAUUGUUUAUCUCUUCUGCCAUUUUCCUGAUAAGGUUUUUAACCAUUUUGAUACACUUUCAUAUGAGAAGUAGCUUUUGUUUGAUUUGCUAAGAACUAAUAAUAAGAAAUUUUAAAAAUCUGUAUCUUAGAGGUUACUAUCAGAUUUUGUGGUGUUAGCCCACACUUUUAUCAGACAGUAUAUUACAAGUUGUGCCACAGCUCUGGUAUUAACCUUCUUGAACUAGAUUUUGCUCAUUUUUCUGAAGGGUUGAGCAUCCAAAUAGUACUAUAAGGGAUUAUGGCUAUCCCCUAUAUAUACUGCAUAGUUUGACCUUUUCAUAUAUUUGAUGUUGAUUUCAUUACUUGCCUGGUGAAGGGAUGGUUGAUUGCAUCUUUUGUUAUAUUUCAAUCCGAUCCUUAUGAAAGCUCAAAUAGUUAUUGCCUAAGGAGUAUGUUUUCCUCUAUAUUAUUUUGUAGGGAACUUGGAUAUUUAGACAUUGGUGAGAUUUUAUGAGGGUAAUAUGCCUUAAUUAAUACGUAGUAUGUAUUUUAAACAUACUGGAAAUGUCAGUAUUUGUGGGAUUACAUUAGUAAAUUUCACCUUUUAUAUCAAGAGUAUAUAUAUAUAGGGUUAAUGUAGGUUUAUAAUAACAGAUUUAACACAGAACACUUAAAAAUAUGGAAAUUAAAAACCAAAAAAUCAAUGAAGACAUUCUAUGAUAUGCUGCCUUACCCAAAUUGCUUAUCACAAUAAAGUCUGUAUCAUCACACACAUUUUCCACAGGUAGUGUAUCUAAUGAAUGUCAUGUUCAUGUAACAAUAACAUUAACAAAACAAAUACCAGACUAACUAAAAAUAGACUGUUCUGCACAGUACAUUUUCUAACAAACAUGUUUUCAUUAGGAAAAUAACUGUAAGAUUAGUCAUUGCAAGUGAGGGGCAGUAUUUUAUUAUACACUAACUCACUUGUCUGUUUAAAAUUUAGUGUAAGAAUUGAAUGAAUGGCUAUCAAAGUCAUUUGGCAAGCAUAUCCCUGACAGCUCUACAUUACAGUAAGGGAUGUAGAAAAACCAAUAGUGCUUUAAUGAAAUUGUAUAAAAUUCAUUUUACCAGUUAUUUUACCAGUUCCAGUGACAGUUCAUCCUCAACAUUUUUUUUUUUCCAAAAUUCAUUUUCAUAAUUAUAUCCUAAUCAAGAACAACUUACAUUGUACUACCCAGCUUGUUUCAUAUAUGAUUUCAGUUUAUCUUUGGCUUGCGUGAUGUCUUAUGGGGCCAUCUUUAGUACAUCAUAGUCUGCAAUGACUUGGGAGCAAAACCAGCCCUAAUAGAGAUUAUCCAAGAUCUUGAGCUUGGUUUUCAGGUGCAAGACAUUUUUCGCCACAGAGUAGGCAACAGUGCCAUCAGCACACAUACUAACGCACAAACAGGAAGUCUAGUAGUGUAAGGAACACUAAUGUAAGCUAGAACUUGCAUAGCAAUAAAGUUAAUGGUGUACACUUCAACCAGAAGGAGAGCCACAGAACUGAAUGCUGUUCAGCUAGCCUCCACAUUCACCAAAGUCACUUAACCAACCUUUCCCUCCCCCUAAUAUCAAUAAGCUAAUCAGCACACAUUCUCAUUAAGCAAAUCAGCAUACUUAGUGCUCAGUGAAUUUGCCUGCCUGAGCAGAGAUAUUUUCCCUGCCACUGCAGAGUAUUUGAUCUUUGCUCUUAACAUAUGAUUUUAUCUGCACUUAUGCCAUUUUGUGUUGAUAAUUACAUAUACCCUCCCAUUUUCACAAUUAAACUGCUGACAAGUGAAUAUUGUGGAUCUUGAAAAAGUGAAUGAAGGUGUUUCCACUGCUAGAAUAAUGAUUCACAACUUCAAAAAUGAUAAUAGGGUCAUUUCUGUUUUAAAUUUGGAUUAGGUACCUACAAAACUCAAAUUUAAUUUAUUUUCAUGAAGGAAUAGUUGUAAUGACCCCAGAAAUCUGUAACCAUUAAUUGCAUGAACAGAUUUCUGAGUUGCUAAUAUCCACUAUUGAUAAUAUUUAAUGAAAUUUUAAUAAUGCUUAUGUACUUACUAGUUUGGUGUAGUUAUAUUUUUUUUGUAUUGUAUUUAUAAGUUGUAAAUUUUUUACCUAUUAGUGUAUGAGAUGUUUAAUAUCAUUUGUCUGUUCCUUAGAGGUAUAGGACUUUCUCACUACAACUUUGAUGAAAAUAAUUUAAACAGGAUUUGGUAUGUAAAGUGCCUGAUGUAAUUGUAAUUAUGUAAUACUGUAGAAUUAAGGACUGAAAUAGGCACAUGUGAGAAUGCUUAAUUUUGUAAUUUUGAUAUUUUAGUUUAAUAUAAAGUACAGCCUGUACCAGUAAGAAAACAGAUGAAAAACUGAUAAAUAUUAAAGGGCCAAUGAAAACCCAUCUCUGAAACAACAGCCUUUGGAAAAUAAUGUGCAAGUGGGUACAUCCUGUCAGCUGAUAUGUUACGGGCUGCUGAAAAGCAAGAGCCUGUGCCAGCACAAGGCUGGCUUAAUCUUACUACUACUACAGCUGAUGAUAGACUGGCAAAGUGAAUGUGAAAAGAUCAUAGAGUAUACAGUUAGUGAUUAUAAUGAAUCUGUGAACUUGGACACAGCACAGGAAAAAUUGGUAGAAGUGUGAAUAUUUUGCUAGGAUGAUGUGGGUUAGGUUGGAAUUCAAUCAGUAAUUACACUUAACAUAAGUGUGUUAAAUACUCAUUUCACAUCAAACUGACAAAAGGAAAGUUCUUGACAAAAAAUGAUUAUGCAGUAAUUCGGUAACUACUGUUAUAUGACUCAUACCAUUAGUAUACCUUCAUCUUAGCUUAAUCCCUAGUUGAGGGUAUGAGUUUUUAAAUGAGCCUGUCAGCUGCCUCUGUCAUGAAUGCCUAUUUUCUUAAGUUGUUUCAGCAAAUGUUUUACAGUCAAAUGCCUUUUUACUCAAACCCUCCCAAUUUAUCUGGGCUUGGGAAAACUAAGAAUAGCAGUGCAGAAAUUUAAACUUGCAGUGCAAAACUCUUCCAUCUACCUUCAUAAUAUAUGAAAACUAAUUUUCUUCUAUUUUUAGUAUAACAAAUCAAAUAAAAUAAGACUUGAGAACAUAGAUGGAGAAUUGAUCCAAUUUGUCUAUGCUAUUAUUCCUUGACUUGGUCAUAUCCAUGAUAGAUAGGAAGAUAGAAAUGAAUAGGUGAUUUGGUUAUUAUUAGGUACUGUAUGUGUGUAGCACUCUGUCAUGUUUGAUCAGUCUGUAGUAAACAGAUGUCUCUAAACAUCCAGAGGUAAUUUUUAGAGUAGUCUUCUUUCUUUUCGAUUUUACUUGAUACAGUUUUUGUUGUAAAUUAUUAAAGAAUAUUCAGUAUUUUUAUAUACAAAACUUAUCACUAUACAUUUUCCUCUUCCAAUAGGCCAUGUCCCAUAUAUAUAUUAUUACUUUUUAUUGAGAAUAUCCACAUCCUAUUUCUUAUGAUUAGAAUACAUUUCUUGCCUGCAAAAAGUAAAAAAGUUAGAAGUUGGCAAUUGGAACAAGAGUCUCAUACAUUGACUGCAGCGUUUGUAAACCAGGAGUUUUGGCCAAUGGUUUACCCCCAAACAAAUGCUAUUAAAGCAGUGAUAAAAAGUAAAAUGUUUUUUACUGUAAAGCAUAUGUAAAACGAGGAUUAUUUUGAAAUUAGUCUUCAGUAUAACUAUCUACAGCACAGUACUGUAAUCCUAGUAUUAUGCAGUGUACUUUACUAUUGCCCGGAAAUUUAACUAAAGAAACUUAUAAGGAUAAACAGUAUCGUAAGUGACAAAAGUUUGUGACUGGCAUUUGGUAUAGGACUGAAUACUUCAUUAUUAUUUUUAUCUUAUUUGUUUAUUAUUAAUGCACAUCUUAUUAAGGUAAUGGUUAUUCCAGUGAAUACUUUAUUCAUUUUUUAUCCCAAAUGCUAUUAAUGCUGAUUUUUUAUGUAAAAUUAUGGUUGUUUUGGUGAAUCAUAGCCCUCAUCCUUUUAUAGGAGUAUUUCAUCAAGAGAAAACUUUACUCUGUUUCAAACCUAGGAAGUUAUCAUUCAUGUUUUUAAUGCUUUAAAUUGUUAAAAUUGAGUUAUUAACAUUAUCAAUUAAUUGUUGUUAAUGUACAUCUAUUUUUUCCAAAUUUUAUCAGAAAUACUUUAGAGUUUAUUGGAAGUUAACGUAAUUGUUUUUAUUUUUAGAUCUCUUUUCAGAACCUUUACAACAGCCCACCUUUAUUCAUUAACAAGUAUAGUGUAUGAAAGGCAUUUUCUUCUUUUAUUUGCUGCGAAACUAACUGGUUGGUUCUUUCUUUUUUAUCAUUUCCCAUUGCAUCUU